AUGAUUCUUGAACAGCGACGAUUUAAAAUACUUAAACAAGUUCAAUUUUUAUUUUGUCACAAACAUCUGCCUUAUCUCAUUCCUUUGAAACAUUUUCCACUUCAAGCUACAUUCAAUCGAAAUAUUGAACUUAUUAUCGCUAGAGACGUUGUAGGCUUGUUGUUCAAAGUACUUGAGUAG